UUAGAAGAAGAACUUGGUUACCCAGACCGGUUACACACAAUGGCAGACGGCAACCCAGUUAUAGUUGCAGUGGAUGGAAGUGAACACAGCAAGAAAGCCUUUGAGUGUAAGUUAUACAUGAUUACUAGACUGUCCUUUAUUAUAAAGACUUUUGUAUUUCAAAAUGCUCUGCGAAAAUCCGGGAGUUUAAUAAUUAAUGUUGCGUAUAUAUGUUGAUCACGAAAACGUGCUUCGUGACAUGAAGUUUACUUUUUAUUAAAUUUGCUUCUUUUAUUCCGCAAAAUGUUCAUGGCUCCGAUUAGCUUGAAAUAUUUGGGUGAAAAGGGAGAGUUCCUAGAUAAAAAUAUCUUUCUUUCUCGUCAAUUUACUCGCCAGACAGAUCAGACUUUACCAGUUUAAAAGUUUCAUACAAGUAACUCACUUUUUGUCCCUAAAGCUGCCAAAAAAGGGAAGCUAAGGCGCUAAUUUGAGGGCUUAGAUUCGAUUCGUUCCAUCAUAAGAGGUUGUGAAUUUUAUAAGCACUGACAUAUUGCACUUCAUUAAGUUCACUACCCAGACCCCAGGCCGGGGCCAUGUUGGAAAACAAGAAUACUCUGGGGACAAGGUUGCGGGAGGUUAAGGAGGAUCGUACCCAUUUUUCUAGGUCUCACCCCUUUGUGUUUGAUGCCUCACGACUUUGACUGUAGAGCAUGUACGGAAAAGCCACAAAGUGAAACAUGUCUAACAUUGAACUUACUUUUGUUGACAUUGCUUCUUUCUUAGCAACAGAAUAACGAUGACAUGAAAUCUACAAAUUGGCAAUUUUCUCAUAAUCUAGCAAGUAUGUUGUUUCACCCUGUGGCUUUUCUGUAGUUGCUUUGCAGCCAAAGUCAUAGAGCAUCAAACACGCAGGGGUGAGACCUUGAAAAAUUGAUGCAAGCCUCCUUCAUUAAUUUAUGUGGAGCUUCACCCCUCCAUUGCUUGGGUAGAUUUAGAGGUAGUUAGGGGAGGUAGGAAAGGAGCUGCAGCUCCCCCUUUUGGUGUUUGAAUAUGUAUCUCAUUGAUAUUGACCAGCGGGACAGUUUGGGACCAAGCAGAGAUCAUGCAAAGCCUGUGAUACACAAAGUAAUGCAUAGCAGAGAGCAGAGGUCAUGAAACUAAACAUAGCCAAUAAAUAAAAUAUUUUAGUGGAAAUAUGGCAUGAAUCACAGAACCUCACAAAGCAAACAAAACAAAACAAAAAAAGGAAAAAACAAAACAAAACAACAAUGACAAAAAAUAAUCCUCUGAGAGGACAUGAACUUACUGGCAUUCAAUAGCCUGUACUCCACUAAACAAGCGCAGAAAUUCCAUACUGAUGACUUGUCACUACCCAGAUCUGGGUAGUGACGAGUCAUAAGUAUGGAAUUUUGGUGCUCGUUUCUCAGAGAUGUUAUUUUGUGGGAAAACCAUCAGUGGUGGCUUCGCGAAAUGUCGUCUGUUUUCUCCUAAUACAGUAAGCUGUUGUAAAGUACAUUUCAAUCAAACCAAUAAUUUUCAUUGGGUAUUGACAUUAUGCCUUUCUUGUUCCAUCUUGCAUAAAAGUUUUCAUAGUAUUAUUAUUUGGAAAUAAAUCAAUGAACUUAUAGCUUAUAAUUUCUACUUUCAGGGUACUGUGGAAAUUAUCACAAGCCAGAUGACCAGAUUGUUUUUGUACAUGCCAUCGAUUCUGACAAAAGACCAAUCAUUAUGCAUCCCCGUAUGUAUAUAAUAUUUAAGAAUAUUAUUGAACUGUAGGACCGUGUUUCUUUUAAUUUUUACAGCAUUAUUUGAAUUUUUCUUAGAUGGGAUGUCAUAUCGUGAAAGUUACACAAGCUGGUUUGAGAGGUGCAAAAGUGAUGAAGAGCACAUGAUGAGCUCAUUUGCUGACAUUUGCAGAAAUAAAAAGGUAUCAUUAAACCCUAAAGUGGUUACACUGUGAAAAUUUGGGUGGGUGAAGCAAGGAGCGAGGAGAGACAGCUGUAUUUGCAGGCUAUGGAUCAGGGCCGAGUUGUUCAAAGCUGGGUUAAGAUAACCCAGGGUUAGUGCAAGAUUUGAUUUGAUUUAAAAUUUAAAAAGCAUUUCAGUUUUAAUUUUUUUUGUCUACAAGUUGAUGAUUGGAAGCUCUUAAAAUAACAGAGAAAAUUAUCUGAGAAAAGGAAACUAGGGUUAAAUUUAACCCCGGGUUAAGCGCUAAUCAGCCUUUGAACAACUGGGCCCAGCCUACAAAAAUAGUGAAAAAUCAUUCCCAAUUUCAGGCCCAGCUAUUAUAAAUUUGUUUUAGAGAGGACAAAUGCUUAUACCCAACACCUGACCAGAAUCAGUGGUUAUCAAACAUUAUAUCUAGAUACAAAUUCGGAUUUCAGACCCGAAGGAGUGAAAAACAACACACUUUGGCACAUAUCAUUAAUAAUAAUACCCACGCAUAUGUAGUUAAUACAAGAGUUUUGAAGCCAGGGGCUGAAUUUUUCGGUGUCUUGUUAUUAUAUAUUCUGGGUUAACUAUUGAAAGAGUAUGAGUCAUCAUCCUCAGCUGUGCUAUUCAUCCUUCAAACAAUUUGAUGCAGAGGGUUUUGGGUUAAUUGUUUCACUGAAGUCUGGAGAUUAUGCACGAUUUUCUCUGCAGGUACAGUUAUAAGGUCCCCUUGGUGGACCUUAUAACUGUACCUGCCAAGAAAGCUGAGCAUUUAAUUCACAUGGAUUAAAAGUGUAGAGAAAUAGUGAAGACAGAAUUGCUUUAAUUUAUAUUUCUUUAGUUUGAAGAUGUAGUCAAGAAAGUAGAAUUAAGUAUUAUGAUGAUAACCAAAACAAAUGAAAACAACUCAUGGCAAUAUAAUUUAUUUUAAUAAUAAUUAUUAAUAAUUUAAUAUUACUAAACUUGAGUAAAAACUUCACUGCAUAUAAUACAGUUUGAACAUCUCUACAACCACAAUUCAGUCUGUAAUUCACUCUUCUAUUCAGGGAUUUUGAUAUUUCGCACGGUCGUGGAGCCGAAAAAAAUUCAGGUAAAUUCACGAAAAAUGCAAAAUACUGCGAAAUUCGAUAGAAAUCUUAUGAAGUACAUGUCUCUACAACAUAUUUGAAACUUGUCUCAGCUAUUGGGGCUGUCUACUUGCUGUAAAACUUGCAAAUUUAUCUUGAAACUUUUUCACUGAAACGUGGAAACAACGUCCCAAAACUACAAUAUUGGUGUAGAUUGUGUUGCGAAAAACUGGGCACUAGCGAUGAUGUUAAAGGCUUUGCCAUUAGUUCAUAUCUGAAGUAUAUUGUUAAUGAAAGAGCAAGUGAUGACCUCUGUUAGUAAAACGUUAAAAAUGCUGGUCUGAUCAGCGCAAAACUGAUCAAUUUCUAGCGAAAGUUGCCCCAAAAAUAACCACAAAAUCAGCUGUAUUUUACUGAUUGCUUUUCACCGAAGUUUGCCCCGAAAAUUCCCGCAAAAUCAGUAGAUUUUUCCACGAAUUUGUCCCUAAAAGUCCCCCGAAAUUUGACUUUUGUUCCUGCGACCUGUCAGAAGCCCUGUCUAUUUGCCCACAGAAUAAAGAAAAUGACUUGUCUUACAUUUUUGUUAUAUGCUGUCUUUGUGUCACUCAUGUAGUGCAACUGUAAAAAGGUAAAUUGAUUGCACUUAAAAAGAAUGAUGUUUAGUAUCAACCUCAGAUAAUGCAAAAAAUGAUUUAUGUAGUCCAUGCUGUUUUUUACAUGUGCUCUUAACUCAAAGCAGGAGAAUGUUAUUUUUGUAUUUAUCAUUACCAUAAUUAUUAUAUUAUUAUUAUUAUUAUUAUUACUUAUUAUUACGUUGCAUUUGUCUAGUUCUUUUGGAACAAUACUGUCAGUGUUUUUUCUUUAUAGUGUUUACCAAAAGAGGAUCAGGUUACAGAUGAACAAGGUCCUCUUAGGAGGGAGGGGGGAGGGAGAUAUGUUAGUCCCUAGUCUGAAUUUCAAAACUGGUUGUUUUGCAUUUUGAGGUGGCGGUCAUUAUCGUGUUUGCUGCGGCAGUUUCAACCAAUCUUCAUGUCGUUUGUUGCCAUUUCUUCUGUCUUUCAAGGCCAUGUCACUUGCUGGAAUUUUACCCUAUAAGGCCCUCGCUCUCAACACAAAAGCAUGACCUGACUGUGCCACUAUUGACAAAAGCUGAAAAUAAAAACAUUGUACUAUUGUUACCAUUCAUGUCUUUAUUCAAUUCUUGUAAGCCAUUGACUUUAAUUCAAAAUGGAAAAUUAUUUGAUACCCAUGUUUGUUGUCACAUGCAGUAAAUAAAAAGGCACAGUUCACAGCUGUGCUCCAACAGUGCCCAGUGGCCCGGCUGGCACCUUUUAAUUACUUUUACUCUUGGGAGUCUAAGAAAUCUUAGUUUAUUCAUAGAAGUUGUAUGCUGGGGACCCUGGAUUUCACAGGUUUAGAGCACUGGACUCCAUUCAGGUUAUCUAAGAGCACAGUAGCCUUGCCACUGAACAUGCAAAAUUAAGGAAGGAACACUCCCUAGCAAAUUGUAAAACAGCCCAAAUAAAUGAAUCCAAACUGGUUUUGUUCUGUUUAACUGUUACUAGAUGAACUUCAAGCUGGUUACAGAUGUUGGUAGACCUGGAGAAGUGAUUUGUCAGACAGCAAAAAGAGAAAAAGCCAAUCACAUUGUGAUGGGUAGUCGAGGAUUAGGGACUGUACGACGCACACUUCUUGGUAGCGUUAGUGACUACACACUACACCAUGCUACUGUCCCAGUUUCAGUUGUGCCACCAUUGUGCCAAGAUUAGGCAGAAGUUCAAUUAGAUACUUACACUGUAUCUUUAUUCAGUGAAUUUACUUUUAUUAGUUAUCCUGUGAAACAAUGGAAAAUAUUGUUACCGAUUUGUUAGUGACUUUAUAUUGUACACUGCUACAGGACAGCCUUAUGCAGUAUUUUGUGUAUUGGUUCUGAAGAAAAAAUGAAAGAUACUCUGUGUGUAUACUGGUAGUAUAAAUCUGUUUUCUGCAAUUCUUUGGAGAAGAAAUUUUCAUAGCUCAUUUUACCUACCAGAGACAUUGAGGAUUCUUUCUUUCUUAGCUGUUCCAUGAGUUGUGGUAAUAGAAAAAUAAAAUACCGUAAAUUCCGAAAAUAAGCCCUGGGGCUUAUAUUUUUCAAAGGCCCUUUUGGAGGGGCUUAUGUACAGAGGGAAAUUUGCAUUUCAAAAUUGAUUGGGCUAGCUUGUGGUGGGAAGGAAAUUUACCAUUUUUAUUUUGUUUUACUUUGUAUUCGAGGGCAAAUUCCAAGUACAACCCCUCCGGGGGGCUUAUAUUCAGAGGGGUGAUUCAUCGGAGGGAUUUUUGCGUUUCGAUUUUGGGGGCUUAUAUUUGGAGGGGCUUAUACAUGGAGGGGCAUAUUUUCAGAAUUUUACAGUAGAGAGAAAAUUUAAAGUUUUUGAGGUAAAUAAAUAUUGUGAUAUUUUGCUCAUUUUCAGUGCAUUUUUCUGUGGAAACGUUUAGUUGGAAAACACAUUUUUCAGUUUCUUAUAUGAUAGGACAGGAGAAUAUUGCAAUUCAGUAUCACAUAAUUAUUGAGGAUAUUGCUCCAUAAGUAUUAUCGUUAAAGGGCCAUUCUAUUGAGAAUAAAUCAAGUAAUGAGUAAAACAUAUCCAGAGUCCUAAAGCCUCUUAGUUAGUAGGUAGUCUAACUGUUACCUCUGGUUGUUUGUUAUAUUUAAUAUACAAGUAUAUUUACAGCGGUAUACAUUUACAUUUUUUUGAUGGCUGGGUUCAAUAGAAUAGAAUAGAUGCCUUUAAUAAAUUCAAAAGAUAAAAAUACAUAUCUCAAGUUACAAGUUAAACAAAUAAAAAAAAGUUAAGAGCUC